UGCUCAGGUACGCGGGGCUAUCCAGGAGGCCAUUGUCGCGCGACGUUCCACUGAAGGGGCGUUCCAAUUUCUCUGUCAGCAUCCCUGCGCCGACGGCCGGAUCCUUUGUUCUCCCAGUCUUCUCCCGUCCCUAUAUUAGUCGUCACCUAGCAUGGCUUGGAUGGAAAUUGCCGGGAACCCCAAUUGAUCUACUGUUUGCUAUGCGGGACUAACCAUCUUCCACAUAAAUAGAGACCAGCGUCCACGCCCACAUCCCCUUUUCCUAUAUAGAUAUCGUCGAUUGACUACCUUUUGCACCAGGCGAUCGUUCAUAUCCUAACCAUUGCUCAUGAAAAUUGUUCUCACGCACAAUCGAAGCACCCCGUUGUUCUAACUUCGUCCCCCAAUAUCUACGAUUCUCAACCAUGGAGUCGUUCAGCAAUCCAGAAGACAUGGCUCCCAGUUUUUGCAUCGGACAGCAUGAGAGCACUCGCAAGGGCCCAAUUACUGCUGCAAUUGUACAGGCAGCGCAUGAAAGCAAUUAUGAUAUGCUUACGGCGCCAAUCACUACGGAGGCGUUUCAUUCUCGGAUCCUCACCCUGCUAGGUUCCAAACCAAAUGCACCCCUGACGCCUGCUGUCAAUGGAACUCUGAUGACGACGGAUAACAUAAGACCUCUUGAAAUCCCACCUCUGACUCCCGCCGAUAGCCAUCUGACCCCGGAUGCGACGAUGUCGCAGCUAGUUGGAGUCACCAGCAGUUGGAUUGAUCUAUGCUCCCCGGAUCCCCUGAUAGCCGACAUCUCUCGUCAAGUUUUCAUGCGGGAGGUGGCCUAUGCAGCGUUUUGUGGCCUAGGGUAUCUCUUGAUUCCGGGCCCGAAACUGCACCACGGAGAUAUUCAUGCCGAGGGCGUAAUGUACUAUGCAAGAGCGAUACAGGAUGCUAUCAAUCUCGCCCCUUACAUACAAUUCCAUAUCUGGACGACCAUGGUUGACAACCCGGAUUCUGAAGUAGAUGGAAUAGCCGAUCUGUCUCGCCUCGCUCGCCCGGAAUUCCUUGGAGACCCUCUCGCAGGGCAGUCAUCGAAGUUGGAUCCAUUUGGUACUUGGGAUGCUUGGGACAUUAUUCGGAGAACUUGUAGAUAUCACUCGAGGCUUGUCGUAGCCCUCACACUGCCCAGACACCUUCCCCCUAUGUCCGUCCAGUCUCGGUGGUAUUCCGAGCCAGUUCAUCUACUUACCAUUGACGGUCAGGCUUUCAUCAAGAACCAAAAGGGCUACCCCGUGCUGUCUAAAACACACCAGGCGCUCAUCGGUCGGUUCAUGCGCCUUCGGACACCCCCAUGGAUUCUUCUCUGUGAUGUUGGCUCCCUCCCCGGCGUAGAUACGGAAGAGACUCCAGGGACUAAGUUGCCUGCUUUGUCGGGCUCCGAUUAUCCUAGCCUCACGCAAGCCGCCGUAUCCAACAAGAAGCAUUAUGACCCAACCCCUCAUUUGUCAUACCUAAGAAACCUUCAACAGCGCCAGCCUUCCCGAAGUGCCAUGGAAAGGUUUGGUGUCGGAUACCAAGACUAUCUUCAGGCACCAUUGCAGCCGUUGACGGUCAACCUGGAAAGCAUUACUUACGAGGUCUUCGAGAAGGACCCCAUCAAAUACAAAUGGUACGAGAGAGCGAUUGCCAAGGCGCUUAGUGAUUGGGAAAGUGAAGGGAAGCCUACUUCGAACCCAGAUGGCCGCGUGGUUGUGGCCGUCGUGGGUGCUGGACGGGGCCCGCUCGUAUCACGAGCCCUCCAGGCCAGCAUUGAUACUGGUGUCAAGAUCGACCUCUGGGCGGUCGAGAAAAACACCAAUGCUUUUGUCCUUCUCCAGCGCCAUAACGAGCAAAAAUGGGGUGGGCAGGUUAAGCUUGUCCAGUCGGACAUGCGGAGCUGGAAAGGCCCGCAGGUUGAGAAGAAGGAUGACGCGGGAGUGCAGACAGGACCGGGUUCCGCGCAAGCACCCCAAUCGGCGGCCGCGCCCCCCGUUACUGAGCUUGUUCCCACUACGAUCGACAUUUUGGUGUCUGAGCUCCUGGGCUCAUUCGGCGACAAUGAGCUCUCGCCGGAGUGCCUUGACGGUGUCACGCACUUGCUCAACCCUGUUCACGGGAUCUCUAUCCCGGCUUCCUACACGGCUCACCUCACACCCAUCGCGGCGCCGAAACUCCAUGCCGACGUCAUGAAUCAAGCCGUCUCCAACCCAGCAGCUCCUGAGACGCCGUAUGUAGUCAUGUUACACGCCAUCGACUUCCUGUCGACGAACCAGCCCUCCGCUGCUGCACUUAUGAAUUCUAGUCAUGGGGGUGCUAGGUAUAGUGCCCGAGACUCAAUCUCCACGCUUCCAGGUUCUGGAGAGAACCCCAUUCCGUUUGUGCAGACAACAUGGUCCUUUGAACAUCCUAAUCGGCACAUACCCCCUCAAUCGCCGUCCACGUCAACGAUUUCUAACGCACAUAAUGUCCGCCGGAGUCGUCUGUCUUUCCCCGUCUACAACCGAGGAGUGUGUCACGGCCUCGCGGGAUACUUUGAGACGGUGUUAUACCGCGACAUUGAACUGUCCACCAAUCCGGUUACGAUGGACACCAAGAGUGCUGACAUGAUCAGUUGGUUUCCGAUCUACUUCCCCUUGAAGACUCCUCUUAACGUGCCGGACAAUGGCGAGGUGGUGGUGACCAUGUACCGACAGACGGACGACCGCAAGGUCUGGUAUGAGUGGAUGGUGGAGGUGUUUGCCGUUGAAGGCAGCGAGGAAGAGGUGGUGAUGAGCGGAGGCAAGGCCGUGUCUCCAGCGACGGGCAGUCUGCACCAACAACAGCAGCGAUCACGUGGCGGGCGACGUGUCCGGGUUGGCACCAGCGAGUUGCAUUCCAGCAUCAAAGAGGGCUGCCUCAUGUGAUGCGCCCGAGGAACUAGAAAGCUGACGAAAGGGAUCCUCCGCCUGUUCUGACUAAGAUGUAACGAGACUCAUCCUUCAGUGAUGAUCAUUUCUUCGUGUGUAGUUAAGCGUACCUCUGAAUUG